AUGGGUUUUGGAAGCAAACAUGAUUCAGACGGCGAAUCUACGGAUGUACGAGAGUAUACCUCGCCUGUCUCCCGUAACGAUGUACUGAUAUGCGCAACACACGGCAAGAUUUAUGCAGUACACAAACACUCGGGCGCCCGUAUCUGGCGAGCAGAUUUUCCAAAGGGAUCAUCGUCCAUAUUUUCUGUCGGAUCGAUGGGUAGCGUUGUGUCUAUUUUUAUCACGGAUCAGGACGAUCUUAUUAUUUGCUCGAGCGGAAAAACAGCAUCCUUGAACCUUUACACAGGCGCUGUAAACUGGGUCAAUAAGAUGAAGGGAUUUGGUCAUGAAGAGGUGUCCAUCGUCUGUACGCCAGGUCAAGCUUUUAACUCCCAGCAUUCAAACUAUAAUAAUCCAAGAUACAGUGCACCAGAAUAUAAUGCCCCAGAAGCGUACAACAAUCCAGGAUUCAUUAACCCCGAAUACAACAACAACUACCCAGGAUACAAUAACCAAGGACAUUGUGAUCCAGGAUAUAACAAUGGAGGUUACCGUCCGCCGCCAGGCUAUCCACAAAGGUCAGUUGCAGUUGUGGGCUCUGGCGGCAAUAUCAUGGGGAUCGAUGUUCGCAGCGGCGAAGAACUUUGGAGAUUCGAUUGUCCCAAAGGUGGUUACAAGAUACCUUCGAUUCUGGUGGAUCCGCAAGGCACAAUUGUUUAUGUUGGCUGUGGUACUCGUUUAUAUUGUUUGGAAGCAAUGACAGGUCAACUCCAAUGGCAAGUUCGAGUAUCCAAAAGCCAUUCGGGGCUCGAUUAUAUGACCAUGGCAACGCCCUGGAGCUCGCGCCUUACUGCUGAAGUACACACAUCGUUUAACACAUCCCCUAGCGCUCAGAUCAUGUCUACGGAACGCACUGCUGCCUAUGCUGAUGCUGGUGCUAGCGUUGCUGGUGCUGGUGCCUAA